UCGUCGGCGACGAAGACGAAGGCGAAGUCCUCCACCUCCACCUCCCCCUCCACCAGAUACAACGAACCCAACAUUCACUAGUUGUCCUGGAAAUCUUGGAAACCAAUACACAACUACUUCAUCCCGAACCGUGACCUGGAGCACACCAACAGCCUCCGAUAACAGUGGAUCUGCAACAGUCUCAAGAGUAUCCGGUCAGAGCUCUGGGUCUACAUUUUCUGUAUCAAACAGUCAAUAUAACAUUCAAUACAGAGCAACUGAUGGUGCUGGAAAUUCUGCCACUUGUGACAUAACAUUCAUGGUUGUAGGUAUCCGUUGCAGCACCUUGUCAGCCCCUUCUCAUGGUAGUGUGGGAUGCACCAACACCAACUUCAUUUCAUCUCUCUGCACCAUCUCCUGUGACCUGGGAUAUCAUGUUGUUGGCUCCAAGAAUAGAACAUGCUUACAAUCGGGGAACACUGGAUACUGGAAUGGCUCAACGACGACUUGUUCACGAACCACAUGUAAUUCGUUAAGUGCCCCGGAGGAUGGUGCACUGAGCUGCACGGAUGGUUGGUAUUUUGGCAGUUCAUGCUCGUUCUCGUGCAACUCUGGCUACACCCUCCAAAACUCACAGCCGACAUUGACUUGCCUGCAGAAUGGCGUGUGGUCUUCUUCUGAAGAAAGCAUGUUGUGUUCAGACGUCCAAGCACCAACCAUUACAGGGUGUCCUGUCUCACAGUCGGUUAUUGCUCCACCUCUGGAAAUAUCUGCCGUUGUGACAUGGAACACACCAACGGCGUCGGACAACUCUGGAGAGUCAAUCCCUGUCAUCCAAGAACAGGGUCCUGUAACUGAGAGUGCACUUCAAGAGGGCGAUCACAUGAUUGCGUUCACUGCAACGGAUAGUUCAGGAAACAAAGGAACUUGCACUUUCACUGUAACUGUUUCAGUGGUACGUUGCACUGGCCCUUCUGCUGAACUACCUCUUCAAGUUAGUUGCCUGCACGGUAACCUCCGCGGAUCUGAGUGUACCUUCAGUUGCAGUGUUGGGUACCUUCUUCAAGGGCCAAAGACUAGUCAGUGUUUACUGACAGGUUCGCAUGGAAUGUGGGACCGUGAAACACCUACUUGCCAAAUUUCUCAGUGUGAAGAUCCACCAUUGUUAGAAAACGGUGGGCUGAAAGGAGAUUGCAACAGGGACUAUAGUUCGACCUGCUAUUUUGAAUGCGAUGUUGGAUAUGAGAUCAACAAUGGUGCUCUUACUUGCCUCGCUCAACCCGAUUCCACAACUGUAUCCUGGCAUGGAGAAUUGCCACGGUGUUCCAGGAUCUACUGCACGAAGCCCCAUUUAACCAUUGGUCUUGAGAUCACAGUGUCUUCUGAUUGUCCGUCGGGAAGCCAGGUGCCAUCAGGAAACCACUGCCAGUUCGUUUGCUCAGAGGGAUACCAUCUUCAAGGAAAUGGAGAUUUGAUGUGCCAAGAAGAUCGUACCUGGAGCAGGGCCAUCCCUACUUGCCAUUUAAUCACAUGUAAGGUCGCUGACAUAGAGAUCCCAAUGAACGCUUUGCUAGAAGGCUGCGAGGUCGAACGUGUAAACUACGGGAAACUUUGCACACUUUCUUGUCAAGAAGGUUAUGAAGCUACAGGACUUAAUAAGUCUACAGAUAUGAAGUGCUCUGGCGAUGGAGAUGACGUUGGAACUUGGUCUGGUGAUUCUAUUAAAUGCAACGUGGUAACCUGCCCCGCCCCAAUAGCGGAGGAAAAUGGCGUCACCCCGUUCACUGUGGAAUGCUCCUACAAUGAUGAACCAACUACAUUAUCCGAUAGGCAGAAUUAUUCUACUUCAUGCCUCUUUGAAUGUGUAGAAGGGUACUCAUUAGUUCAAGGAUCUUCUGUAAGAGUUUGUUUGGCAUCGGCAGAAUGGGAUGGAACUCCGGUAUCAUGCAAAGAUAUGAUGCCACCUGAUCUUAUCUGUCCUGCUGAUGUGGUGCUGACAGCUGGACGAGGGCUGACAUCAGUUGAGAUACCAUGGAGUCAAUGGGAACCGAUUUUGGCCAUCGACCUCGGAAUACAUAUUGAGGCAAGUCUGUUCAGUAUUGAUGCCAAGGAAGUAGGUGAUGUCCGCCCAUCAUCGUUGAGAGAAGGUAGCCACACUCUCUUGUUUAUCGGGCAACAGACGCGUCUGAGAAUGAGGCCGAUUGCUCCUUUUCUGUUACAGCCAGAGUCUGCAGAUGUGCACCACUGCCGAUACCUGAGAACAGCAUCGUAGCGUUAGAGUCAGGAGAUGGGUCUUGCAGUACUGGAGUUGUGUAUGGAUCCGUUUGUACCAUUAUCUGCGAGAUUGGUUACGAACUGUCAACGGGGGACAUCUCUUUGAGCAGAACCUGCGAUAUUACGGAUUCUGAUCAGAGCUGUGAUGCAACAUGGAGUGGCCAAAAUCCUGUCUGUGAAAUUAUAAGGUGUAACACUCCUAGUGUUACAAAUGGCGUUUUGGAUUGUUCACCAUCAACCCAACCUAGCGUGACCUAUCUCACAUCUUGUGAGUUUUCGUGCAACCCUGGCUAUAGGACACCUUCUGGUGAAGAGACCCGUAUACGUACAUGUCAGGCAGACACUACCUGGAGUGGGGAAGAAUUCCAAU